AUGAAUAAUCGCAAUAUUCUACUAUUAGCACAUGGAGAGUAUUUAUCAUUAUUAUCUAGUCGUAAAUAAUCUGAAUAGUAACUUAGUCUAUUAUUUAAUCGUAUCAGCCUUCUUUAAAAAAAUCAACUCAAAGUCAUUAGAAGAAUUAAAUUACAAUAAAAGUCUCUUGAAAUGAAGCAACUUAUUAGGUCCGAAUAAGAUUCAUUUAAUCAGAGUGUUAUAUACACAUUAUUAUGAUA